AUGGACCCCACAAUCAAGGACUAUUUGUACAGUGGCCUGUGCUAUGGAUUCUAUACCGCUUUAUGCGCCAUCGUUUAUGUCGGGGCCGUUGUUUUUUACCGUCUGUUCCUAAGCCCUCUGGCUAAGUUCCCUGGUCCUCGUCUCGCAGCCGCGACAGGUCUGUACGAGGCAUAUUUCCAACUGGUCAAAGGGGGCGUAUUCACAUGGGAAAUCGAUCGUCUCCAUGGAGAGUAUAAUAGCCCGAUCAUUCGGAUCAAGCCGGAUGAGCUGCACAUCAAAGACCCAGAUUACUACAACACGCUCUACGCCGGCCCAGGCAAACACCGCAACAAAGAUCCUUGGUUUAGCUUCAUCUCCUACCCCCAGUCGAUUUUUUCCACUGAGGGGUAUGCGCUCCAUCGCGACCGCAGAAGGGUUCUGGGCCAGUUCUUCAAGAAGGGCGCCAUCUUACAGUUUGAGCCGGCUAUCCGCGCCAAUGUGCAAUCGCUGUGCCGUCACUUCUCAGCCCUGUCAAGCAGCAACCAGCCUUUGGAGCUACACGCCGCCUUUCAGUGUUUCGUCUGCGAUACGCUGUCUCAAUACUGCUUCGGUAGGCAGGAGGGCUCUCACUACCUGCACCAGCCCACGUUACCGGCGACCUGGAAGGCGCGAAUCAAUAGCAUGUUUAAUUUUUGCCGGCUCAACAGACAGAUUCCCAUCUUGUCGUCCUUUGCACGCAUUUUCCCAGGUCCAGUGGCGUGGCUAGUGCCUUCAUACGGGCAUGUGCUUGAAUUUGAGCAGGACGUGAGAGGUCGAGUCCGCCGCGCAAUCGAACAGCAUAGACGCGCCGACAGCAAGAACGGAUAUCUCACGAGGGCGCCAACAGCUAUCUAUCCCGCUAUCCUGGCGGACCCGGACGUGCCUCCGAGCGAGAAGAUCUCCCCGCGUCUGGAGGACGACGCCAUAUUUCUCAUGAUGGCGGGCACAGACGCCCCGUCGCAGGCCAUCGCCAUCACCAUCUUCCAUAUUCUGAACAACCCUGCCGUCCACCAGAAGCUCAAGGCAGAACUGUUCGCGAACGUCUCCGAUGUGACCUCCACGCCUACUCUGGAGCUCCUAGAAAAGCUUCCAUAUCUGAAUGCAACCAUCAAAGAGGGCCUUCGUCUGUCUUCCAUCGUGACGACCCGUCUUCCCCGCAUUGCCCCCGAUGAGGUUCUACAGUAUCAGAAAUGGCAGAUUCCCGCCGGUACACCAGUAAGCAUGUCGACAUAUUUCAUCCUCAGAGACCCGGACAUCUUCCCCGAACCCACCAAAUUCAUUCCCGAGCGCUGGCUGCUUGACCCCGAGGACCUGCAGAGACUGCAGAGAUAUCUGGUUCCAGCCUCGAAAGGAACCCUGGGCUGCUUGGGACAGAAUAUGAAUUCAGCAUGGAUGAAUCUCGUGCUUGGGACGCUGCUGCGUCGAUACGACCUUGCUUUGCACGAAACCACCGAGAAUAAUGUCGAGAUGACGCGCGAUAACUUUAUCGGACAGACUGAUAGCGGCGUGAAUAAUGUCUAUGCCGGCAGUCCAGCCGAAUGA